GCAGCGGUUCGGUUCUCUCCUCCCGUAGUUAUUUUUCAAGAGCAGUUUCUCACAUGUGUCCCCAUCUGUCUGACAUAGCUCUGUGAUGUUCCCUUAGCUCAUUUAAGCAUAUGUCAAAUCUAUGUCACUUCUAUUAAUUUUUAUAACCCAGAAAUCAGUUAGUUCGUAAAAGAAGGUUAGUUUUGUUGAAAUCUGUUCCUGAGCAACCCACCUCAGCAGCUUUUUAUCAUCUGCUUCCCAUUUAUUUACUGAUUGAUUGCACAAUAACGGUGAAAAAUCUGUCCAGGUGCUGAAGUUAGGCUAACAAGUCUUUGUUUUCCUUAGUCGUUAUCCCUUCUUUUAGCAAUAUGUGCUAGUCUGCCUGUCAUGUCGUCUGCUAAGUUCUGAAGAUGCCACUUUGGUCGGCAUUUUAAGCAUCAAGGGCUGAUUUCACAAGUGUCUGCUGACUUGAGAAUCUUUAUCUUAUCUUUAACUUUAUCCUUUACUCUUAACUUACCUUUUCCGCUUUGACCUCUCAGUCUCUUUCCCAAUAGAAGGAAUUUCUGUAAAUACCAAUUCACAGUUAACUUUUCUGCUAAGGGCUGAAAUAAAGAAGACACAUAAUAAUUUGUCUUACUUUGUAUAACUCGUUCCUUUUCCUCUGAAGUUAAAAACCUUGCCUUCUGUCUUUUGUCUUUUUAUUGUAUUCAUGGAACUUUUACUUGUUGCCAUUUAUGUUCUUCACUGGUUACAAACUCACUUCUCUACCAUCCUUGUUCUGAUUUUCCCCUACAUGAUAGCACUGUCUCUUUGUCUUUUUAUAGUGCUCCUUAGCCAUGCUCACAAUUUCUUUAUUUUUUUAAAUCUUGUGUGAUUUUUCACUUCAGGAAAGCUCUCCUGUUGCAGUUAAAAGAGUCUUAUAUGCUCUUGCCUCUGAAUUGCAGUUGUGCAUUUAAUAUAGUCUGUUUCAGUAACUGCUGGCUCUCUGUUCUUGUACCUCUCUUAGAUUACUUGUCUGAAGGUCAUGUCAGCCUGUUCCCGGAGGGUUUUUAUGAAGUCUGUUAGUUUGAUUCUGUUACUCGCAUCGUAUUUUCCUUAGAACAGGCAGUGAGAAACAUUGGCCAGCAGGCCAAAUUCAGCUCACCAGAGCAAUUAAUCAUGUCCAAGUCCUGUGUCCCCACUCUCCCCAGGAUCCUUUGGACUAAACUGAAAGUAGGCUGCAGCAUGGUUAAAUGGUACUGGAAAGCCCAUUUCCUUAUGGUGGUUCCUUUUCAACCUCAAAGUUUUGCAGAAUAUUCUGGUUACAUGGUAUGAACUGCACUGUCACAUGGCAAAAGCAUACAUGUUCUGUCAUAUCCAGUUACAUCUCUUAUCUCAUUAUAUAUUCUCACUAUGUUCCUGGGUGCAAACCCAUCCUGAUACAGGAAAUACUGGUAAUUUGGUCAUGUGUUAAAGGUCACAUGGUAAGGAAAAAGUCAAUGAUUUUUUGAGUGCAUGCAUAAAAAUCUUUGUGUUCUGCCUCUGCCAGAAGGAUUCACUGUUAGAAUAUUUCCUUAGAAACUAUUUUAGUGGUCACUUUCACAUAUUGCAUUCUGUCUUCAACUUCUCAGUCUAGUUUCAGUGAGUUUAUAUCUUUUACUCAAAGCUGAAAUGAAAAGUGCCCAUUCUUCUAGUAGCUUCCUCUAAUUUCUGAAACACAAAGCUGCUUUUAAUUGUGGGAGGUUGUUCACCACACAUGCUGUAUUAGUAGCCAAUGGCUGCUUAAUAUUUCUCACUGAUUAUUAAUUACCAUCAUAUCAGCUCUUAGAUGGUGGCUCAGGAAGAGGUUCUGUGUGGGCUGUUGUUCAUUGUUCUCAAGACAGCAACCUUCUUUUUGCUACUUCUUAGCCUGCCUCUCCUCAUUGACUCCUUAAUUUUCAGAAUUUAUUCCUGUUCUACAAUUAUAUUGGCUUAGCCUGCAAGACUUUGGUAAUAGAAUGGGGAGGAGUGCUGUAGGGGUGGUUUCUGUGAGAAGCUGCAGGACUCUUAGCCUGUGUCUAAUGGGGUCAGUGUCAGCUGGACCAUGGCUGGCCAGGGCCCAGCUCAUCAGCAAUGGUGGCAGCACCUCUUGGGUAACAUAGGUAAGAAGGGGGAAAAAAGGUAAUUGCAGCUGCAGAAGAGAGGGUGAGACCAUGUGAGAGAAACAACUUACAUAGACAUCAACAACAUGGACACUAAAGCCAUUGAAGAGGAAGGAGGAGGAGGCACCCUAAGCACUGGAUUAGACAUUCCCCUGCAGUCUGUAGUGCAGCCCGUGAGGUUCAUGGUAUAGCUGAGAUCCAGCUGCAACUGUAGCCUGUGGGAAGGACUUACACUGAAGUAUGUAGGGGACUCUCCUGUGGGAGGAAACUCAUGCUGGUGUGGGAGAAAGACUUCUCUCCCUGAGGAGGAAGCGGCAGCAGAAACAGCAUGCGAUGAACUGACCGUAACAUCUAUUCCCUGUCUCCCUGUGCUGCAGAGGGGGAGGAAGCAGAGAACUGGGAAUAAAGUUAAGCCCAGGAAGAAGCUUACUGGGGUGAGGGGAGGGUGUUUCUUUAGGAUUUAUUUUAUUUCUCAUUAUCCUGCUUUGAUUUUGAUGGUAAUAUUCAGUUAAUUUCCCCAAGUAUGGUUUGCCUCUGGUGGUAAUUGGUGAGUGAUCUCUCCCUGCCCUUAACUCAGGAGCCUUUUGUGAUAUUUUCUCUCCUCAGCCCAGCUGAGGAGAGGAGUGGUAGAACAACACCUUUUUGGACACCUGGCCUUCAACCAGGGUAAGCCCCCCACAAUGAUGCAGAACCACCUAGGUCAUAACGCUGGUUUGUGUGAAGACAUCCCUCCUGAGGGUUGUUUUGUUGGUUUUUAAUGUCUUUGUUAGAGCGUUAUUGCAGUUCUUUGACCAAGGAUAUAGCAGUAUUUAUUUUUUUUUCAGCUUCUGUUCUUAUUCAAAACAUCCCUUACUUCACUGAAUUUGAGUCCUAAAAUUAUCUUCCCUUUUGUUAUUGCGUGAAAGCUGUCUCUUCCUGCCAUUAGCUUUUUAUGGAAGGCUGUCCCAUGUGUUUGUCUCCAGGAUUUAUCUUACUUGCCUGGAUAGAAAAUUGUGUUAAGCAUAUUUGUGACUCAUGGCCUUGAAUCCUUUACCCUUGCAUCCACAGUUAAUCCUUGCCAAACCAAGCAGCCUGACCUAGAAAUGUCAUUAGUGAUCUCAUGACUAGGUCUUGAUAAAUUUCUUUGGUUUUGCCAUUGGAUCCACAUGGACAGCCCAUUUUCCAGGCUGACAGGUGAGUAUGUCAGAUGGAUGUUUGUCAUGGUAUUAUGACAUUUGCAGCUUUGAGACUUUUCCAUCUUCUCCUUCAUGGCCGGCAGAGGCUAUCCCAGUAAUAACCUGCAUAAACUUUUAAUGGAAUUCAGCUUCUAUGUACUCGCUGAUCUCAUGCUGAUCACAGGCCAGUGCUCUCUACAGUCUACUGUUUUCCAAUUUUCUUUGCAUGUUUCUACUCAUUAUUCUAUAGACCAUUAGUUUCAGGAGUACAAAGUUAACUUGUGGUCCGGUAUUCCAGGGCAGUGGAAGGUAAGAAAUAGGAGAAGAUGAAAAAAAUGUUGUUUACUUAAGUAACUAUUAUUGUAGUGCUUAAAAUACUUUGUUUCUUGUUUCUCCUUCUAUUGGUGACGUACUGCGAGACAAAAUUAAUUAGCACUUACUUAAGGAGAAAAUAUAAUAUGAAACUUAGAGCCAAAGAUUUGCUUCCAGAGGUGUUAAUAGAUUUUGAGGUCUCAUAAAAUUAUAUGAUGCUGAUUUUUUCCUUCUGUUGUUUUUUUUCCUUUUUCUUCUCUUUCCUUUUUUUUCCCUAAAGAAAUCACUGUAGGUUUGGUGUCUUUGAAGUAUGGAAUCAAUCUCUAUGAUGGGGAGUCCCAAGAACCUCAAUGAAACUUUUCUACCAAAUGUUGCAAAUGGCAUCAAGGAUGCCACUAAGGUCACAAUAGGCAUCAUUGGAAGUGGAGACUUCGCUAAGUCAUUGACAAUCAGACUUAUCAGAUGUGGGUACCACGUGGUCGUAGGGAGCAGAAACCCUAAACACGCUGCUGACUUUUUUCCCCAUGUGGUUGAUGUCACUCACCAUGAAGAUGCAGUAGCUAAAACAAACAUCAUUUUUGUAGCCAUACACAGAGAGCAUUACAUCUCUUUGUGGGAUCUCAAACAUUUACUUGCUGGUAAAAUUCUGAUUGAUGUCAGCAAUAAUACAAGAGUAGACCAAUAUCCAGACUCCAAUGCAGAGUAUUUGGCAUCACUUUUUCCUGAUUCCCUAAUUGUCAAAGGAUUCAAUGUCAUUUCAGCUUGGUCACUGCAGUUAGGACCAAAGGAUGCCAGCAGACAGGUCUAUAUAUGCAGUAACAAUGUUCAGGCUCGCCAUCAAGUUAUUGAGCUUGCCCGUCAGCUCGGUUUCAUUCCUAUUGAUUUGGGGGCAUUGUCAUCUUCAAGGGAGAUUGAAAACCUGCCUCUGCGACUGUUCACCCUGUGGAAGGGGCCUGUAGUGAUUGCCAUCAGUCUGGCAACAUUUUUCUUCAUCUAUUCUUUUGUCAGAGAUAUCAUCCAUCCGUACAUGAGAAAUCAGCAGAGUGACUUUUACAAGAUUCCCAUUGAGAUUGUGAACAAGACACUGCCAAUUGUUGCUAUCACUUUGCUUUCUCUAGUAUAUUUAUCAGGACUUAUUGCAGCUGCUUAUCAGCUUUACUAUGGCACGAAGUAUCGGCGAUUUCCUCCUUGGCUGGACAACUGGCUCCAGUGUCGAAAGCAGCUUGGACUGCUGAGUUUUUUCUUUGCAACAGUGCACGUGGUGUACAGCCUCUGCUUGCCUAUGAGGAGAUCGGAGCGCUACUUGUUCCUCAACAUGGCAUAUCAACAAGUUCAUGCAAAUGUUGAAAAUUCUUGGAAUGAGGAAGAAGUGUGGCGAAUUGAAAUGUAUAUCUCUUUUGGAAUAAUGAGUCUUGGAUUGCUUUCUUUGCUGGCAGUAACUUCCAUCCCUUCAGUAAACAGUGCCUUAAACUGGAGGGAGUUCAGUUUUAUUCAGGUAGACCUACAGAAAGUUUGCUGAAAUGUUUUUAAAAGUGGAGUUACCCUGACAGAACUGUUUAUUCAUGGUCAUAGCUUUGAGCCUUCAGAGAGACUAAAUACUCAAGUGUAUUGUUACAACAUCUCUGCCAUCUGGAGUUCUCUGUGUGGGGACAAUAGUGCUGCUGUUGGAUGAUAUAAACCUUCAGUGCAAGAGGGAAAAAUAUGUGUUCACUAGUGAGUGACAUGAUGUCUUUAUCCAGUAAUAACUUCCAGCCACAAACACAGCAUUUUUGUCUUAUUUUUACUUACUCAUAUUUCCAAAUUUUAGGCUUGUGUGACUGAGUCAAAACCCACACAAUAAUCACUGCAUAUUUACUGCAGUUAUUUCCACUGUAAAUUAAGUAAAAAUAUUUCCAAAUAUAAAUACUUAAGAACUUUAAUAUCCCAUCUGUCAGUAUUUUGAGGAAUUUGGGAAUAAGUUGUUUGCUCUGGAUGUAUGUUAACUGCAUUAUGAGCACCAGAUAACUGAUAUUGGUAAUGAACUAUGAUCAUUUGCAACUCUUAGCCACAAAAGUAUUGAACUACUAAAAAUUUCCUUAAAGUUAAUGAACAUUUAGUUUGGUAUUAAUUCUCAGGAUGUAAAUUAUUUUUCAUCUGGUUACCUGUCAAAAAAGUCUUCUUGCUUCAAUCAGAAAACAGACUUUCAGUGAUUGCUUACUAGAGCUGUAUUUCUGUAUAAGUUUCACUGUCCCCAGUAUGCAAGGAGUACAGGUUAAACAUUAUAAUACUUACUCUUUUAUAUUUUUCUUCUACUGAAGUGCAGUGCAAUGAAGGAAAAUUGAACUUAAAUUUCUCAUUCUUCUUUGAGUCACGAGACAAACAAUGGAACUACUAACCUGUCAUCCCAUUGCUGCUUUUCUUUUCAGCUGGGAAAAGCAGUAUGUCUCUAGCUUUAGUCCUGAAUCUCAGAUGAUUAGCCACAAUAGCUGCUGAACUUGUUUCACAUCUGACAGACAAGGAAUCAGGCACUUACCACACUCAGACAGUGUCCCAGCUCAGCACUUCACACUGCAAACAACACAUUCUUGCUUGCCAUCUUACUAAAUAGUUUCAUCAAAAUAAGAGUCUGGCUUCUUCUAAAUAGUUUUACCGCUACAACACACUCAGUCUUGAGUCCUACUAGGAAAAUUUGAGGUUAUUAAAAUGUACAGUAUAGACUAGCCUUAUCCCAGUAGAUCAAGCCCUAAUCUCCCCAACCUAUGGCAAUUCAAACAGUCUUUGAACACAGUCUUCCUAAUAUACUCUAAAGAAACACCAGUUGUCAAUAUGUUUACACAGAAGUCAUUGCUGUUGCUGGUAUCCCAAAUUAUUUUGGAGAUGCCUCCAUCUUGCCUAGCCUGGUUUCAAUCACAGGUGUCAGCAGGCCCAAAAGUUCCAGCAUCCUUCACCAAGGGAAAAGGACUUGGAGGGGACAAGCAGUGCAGGCAGCGCUCCUUCGCUCAUAGUAUGCAUAUGAACAAAGUGAGAUGUGAAAAGGUUUUAAUAGUGCUAAAGGAAAUUACUGUGUCAGUCCUAGAAGAAGCUAAGAGACCAGCAGAAAACAGGAAUUGCUACAGUACAGAGCUGACCACUGUACAAAAUGAAGGUCUGAUUACUUCAUUAUUAUUUGGAGAGAAACACUCAUAAUAUUCAGAUAGAGGAAACCACAGAAUGAGACAGUGAUGAAGAAUUUUCUCAGUUGGAGAUCCUAGAUGAUUGAAACUUAGUGAGAAAGUUUGCAGUCACCUUAACAUAAUUUAGAGCUUAAGUUUACUGAGAAAAGCAGCAGGGAAGAAAGCUGUGGCUGAUAAACUAAUGCAGCAGUUUUCUUAAAUGCCACUUCAGUAUUAUUAUUUUUCUCAUCUAAAUAUAUUUGGAUAAGGAGCAAAGGAAGACAUGGGCAAGAAACACAAAAGAAUUGGUAUUUUGUCAGAGCAGGCAGAAUAAACAGCUUAAACCAAAAUACUGUAAAAAGAAUGAAAGACAUUUAUUGAAACCAGUGCUUGAGUGUUCACAUAAAGUACAAGGAAAUAGAGAAUGUUGUCAGCAGGCUAUGCCUUCAGUUUAGUGAGUAAACUGUAAAUAUAUGAUGUAAACAUAAAUGAAUGCUGCUUUUGUU